ACUGCCGCUUCUGGCUAGGGUUUUCCAAGCUUUCAUAAAUUUUUUUCUCUGCGUAUUCCCGACAUUUUCCUCCCUCUUCUGGUUCAUUUUCUCACCAGCCAGACAGCACAUCAGCCUCAUCACCGUACACCCACUUUCCUUCUGACGUUUCAUCUAGAUCUAUUCCUCCAUGGCUUCGAUUAAUCACUAGUGUUUCUGUCUUGAGUGACGUUUGUGAAAAACCCAAGGGUUUUUAUCUCCUCCCCAGGGCCGUCUUCUUCAUCGAAUCUGUAAGAAAUGGCAACUUUGAACCCUUUUGAUCUGUUGGGAGACGAUGCUGAGGAUCCGAGCCAGCUCGCUGUCUCCGUCGCUCCGCCGGAGAAGACCGACAAGACCAAGAAACCUGCGGCUGGGCCGAAUCAGGCUUCCGCGAAGCUUCCGUCGAAGCCGCUUCCUCCUGCUCAAGCUGUGAGGGAGGCCAGGAACGAAACUUCGGGCCGUGGUGGCCGUGGUGCAGGCCGAGGUUAUGGCAGAGGUAGAGGUGGUUCUGGAGGGUACAGCCGUGAUUUCAGCAGCAGUGAUGCUUCUGGAGGUAACAAUGGAUAUGGGAAACCCUCUGAGGAAGGAGAUGUGACCAAAGCCUCUGAGAGGCGUGGCGGGUAUGGUGGCCCUCGUGGUUCCUUCCGUGGAGGCCGUCGUGGCGGUUUCAGCAAUGAAGAAGCUGGGGAAGAGCGCUCUCGUAGAAUUUACGAGCGUCGUAGUGGAACUGGCAGAGGGAGUGAGUUCAAGCGUGAAGGUUCUGGUCGUGGAAAUUGGGGAACUCCAGGCGAAGAACUUGUUGCUGAGACUGAAGAAACCGGUGUUGAGACCGAGAAGAAAGUUGUUGAGAAGCCAGCUGGUGAUGAUGAAGCUGCUGAUGCUAACAAGGAAACCCCUGCCGAGGCGGAGGAGGAGAAGGAGCCUGAGGACAAGGAAAUGACACUCGAUGAGUAUGAGAAAAUACUUGAGGAGAAGAGAAAGGCUCUUCAAUCUCUGGCUACCUCUGACUCUGAGAGGAAAGUUGACCUGAAAGAAUUUGAGUCCAUGCAACAACUCUCGAACAAGAAGGCUAAUGAUGAAAUCUUCAUCAAGUUGGGUUCGGACAAGGACAAACGCAAAGAUGCCCUUGACAAAGAAGAGAAAGCUAAGAAGGCUGUUAGCAUCAACGAGUUCCUGAAGCCUGCUGAGGGCGAGGGCUACUAUCCACGAGGAGGCCGAGGCCGUGGACGUGGCCGCGGAGGAGGCUCAAGAGGAGGCGGAUAUGGCGGUUACCAGAGCAAGGCUGCACCGGCAAUUGAGGAUACUGCCCAGUUCCCGUCCCUUGGAGGCGGCAAGUGAGUGGGAAAUGACCGAAGAAGGGGUAAACUUGCAAACGAUUUAUAAAAAGAAAAAGCCUUGCCUUGAUCAGGGUGUAAAUUUUUAGAUGUGUCAUCUGUUCUCUUUAGAUAUUUAUGCACCUUUGCCUGCUUCUGUUCUGUCCCCCUUUUUCUCCAGACUUUUUUGGAACAGACCCUCUCCCUUGUCUUUUGUUUCACUGUUUUAGUACCCACUAGUUUUGUUUCCUUUGUUUUUUUUUGCCAUUUAACAAUCAUGACAAGUUUUGGACCAAUCCAAUGUCAUCAUAAGUUUUGGGUCUUCAUA